AUGGUGGAAAUGCUGCUCGUCAUCAGCAUCGACAAUUGUAAAAUUCAUAUGCUUGAGAGCGAGGGUCUUUACUUGAUAAGGUCACUUUGCAAAUCGGUACUGAACCCUUCUCUUUCUCCUCAGCUGCUACAGUUCAUUCGAGAGUUAACUCGCGAGUUAAUGCAAACGAAAUUUCAUUGCAGUUUUGAAUCGACCUGCUUUAACAUGCCAACGACUGCCUUCUUUCCACCAUUGACCAUCAGAAACCAAUCACUAUGUGAUGAUUUGGAAACUAUGUGCUUGCCCGUAAACACUUCAGCACCAGUGAUGCUGGACGGAACAAGUGCGUUCGACGGUGCGUUUGACGGUGAGCUUAUGCUGAGUCUUUUUCGGCCGUCUGACGGAUCAAAUGAGAGCGACAGUGAACAUUUAAUGAGUCUCAUUGAAUCUUUUAAAUCAAAUUAUGCAAUGCAUGACGAGUCUGAUCGAGAAGAUCGUCCGUAUCCAUACACUCGGUCCAAAACGCGCUGGCGCAAGCGACCAAAUGACGAACUCAAGCAUUUACGGUCUCAAAUUGUCAAGCUUGAAGGACUGGUUACAAACUUGACUUAUUCCGGUUCACGCUCAAAAGUGCCGACAAACCGAAAGAAAGCUCGAGACGAUCAAUCAAACGUGCUUCAUAGACUUAGUAAAGAAAGUCGUCGAAAGAAAAUGGAGGCGGCGAUGGCAGAGAAUCGGAAGCUCAAACUAAUGGUCGUUAGCCAAUUUCGAGUGGCAAAGGCACUUCAAACGGCGGUUGACGAAAGCAUGCGACUGCGAGCUCGUAAAGUGUGCUGGCCAACGAGUUCGGCAGCCUCUGAUGAGCUUGUGUUUGCCUUGUUGGACGAGGAAAAAGAGCUGCAGUACGCUGCUACCGACAAAGUUAUGGAUGAAAGCGGGGUUUCUCGCAUGUACCACCCGUAUAUUUCAGAAAUGGUGUUCCAGAACGACAAAAAUGGAGUCUCCUUUCAGCAUAACGACGUGCGUGUGAUCCCGUUCCCUGUGGCAAAUGUCGUAUCUGCACUCCGUCACAGUCUUAGGCAUCGAUCAAGAGUUGGACCGUCAGAGCACUGUCGUAAAUUCCUCAUGUACGAUAACUACUCUCAAGCUGUCACGUUGGACAGCGUGGAUAUUCCAGGUUCACUACCUGCGACAGUCACGGGUCGACACUUGCUAUGGUCUGUCACCGAACCUGACCGAACUGUCAUCGCUUGGUCAAGUUUCAAUGAAUACCAAGGACGCAGUCACGUGCGCUUGCUGAAGAGGUUGUGGUUCUCGGUUGAACCGACACAAGUCCAGACCAGCUCAGGAACCGUGCAAGGCUCUAUUCUCCGUACGAUCGUUCGUUUUACACCUGUUGAUCCUGAAGUUGACCUCAAGCAUAUUAAGGAGAUGUCGGACGUGAUAAUCUGCGCCUAUAAACGCGAUUCUGUGCGUGUUGUUUUAGCAGUGAGAGAUCAGUUGGCAGCUUUAGCUGCAAGAGUUGCUAGCACGAGCACAAUACCCAAGACCAGCAAAGAUAAACUCAUCUAUGAGAAGACGUCUCAUACUGUCAGGACAAAUGCCAUUCCACCCUUACUUUCAUGUCCGUCGACAAGAUAG